AAUAUUUUUGUUGUGUGACUCGCUUCAUCUCUUAUGACAUAUUCGAUUUAUCGAACGCAUUAAUUAUAUGCAAAUUUUGAAACCCGUUAAUUACAAAAUUCAAAAGCGGACCAAGAUGUUUUCGUCAGUCCUCAUUAUUUCCAAGGAUUCAGUAGAUUAGUGAUAUUUUUAUCAUUCAAUCGAGUACAUCAAGAUUAACCUAAUGACUUGCAAAAUCAAUUAAACCUGUACACGAUACGUUUGAGUUAGUAAUAUUGUCUAUCGUUCGCUGUCUUUUAUCAGAUCAUUCCUUUUGCAUUUUACAUACGUCAGCUCAUUUACAAGCUUUAUCUCUCGUUACUUAAUUUUUUACGUCGUAAACAUAUAUCAGCAAAAACCAUUAAUAAUGUCACUUUCUAAACCAAUGGAUUUAAUUCUUCAGCUAACAAGUGCGUAUUUCGAGCGCCUAUAUACGAACCCAGUAAGAACAAAAGCACUUACCAGCUGUAUUAUUGCCUCAUUAGGAAAUUAUGUAUCACAAAAAAUUGCAGGGGCAAAAGUCACUAAUGGAGAUAGUUUACUUGCCUUUGCACUCUUUGGGUUAUUCUUUGGAGGCCCUGUUCCACAUUAUUUUUACUCAUACAUAUAUCCAUUUGUGAGAAAUCCUCUUGGACUUUUGUUAAUAGAUAGGUGUUUGUAUACACCAUGUUUCCAAGCUUUAUCAUUAUACAUGUUAUCUAUUUUUGAGGGUAACACACAUAAUGAUGCUUGCAAACAGAUGAAGAAGUUAUAUUGGCCAAUACUGAAUGCAAACUUAAAAUAUAUAACACUGAUACAGUUCAUCAACUUGAAAUAUGUUCCACCAGUGUUACGUGUUUUUGUUAUGAAUAUAAUUGGCUUCUUUUGGAUCAUCUAUCUUGCACAGCAACGAGCAAAGCAAGCAAGAACUAGAGGACUACGGAAAUAAUGCAUUAAUGUGGGUUAAAUAUUUUGUCAUACAAAAUUGGAGGGGACCACACAUACAAAAGGAAAUAUAUUUUAUAUACGAGCUACAUAUUUAAGUUGAUUGUAGCAUAGGACUUGUUACUUAUAUGUAUUAUGUAUUUAAGAUUUCAGUAUAUCAACUAUUUUAUAAGUUAAAUUAUAUAGGGAAAUGUUCGAGUUGGUAUCCAAAUCAUAAUUUAAAUGCACUUAUA